AUGCCUAAGUACGCGAAGUUAUUGAAGGACAUCUUCUCAAACAAGCAAAAACUCAAGGAUAUGUCCUGUGUAGUGAUGAAUGAGAGUUGCUCAGCUAUACUUCAAAACCGUCUGCCUAUGAAGAUGGGAGAGCUCGGCAACUUCACACUUCCCUGUCUUAUUAGCAGCAUGUUUGUUAGUCACGCGUUAGCUGAUUUGGGAGCGAGCAUUAACCUUAUGCCUUAUAAGGUUUUUGCCAAGCUGGAUCUGGGUGAGCCUUCACCUAGGAGGAUGAGCAUUCGACUAGCUGACCGUUCAAUCAGGUAUCCGCGCGGGUUUGUUGAGAAUAUGCUUGUCAAGAUUGACAAGUUUGUAUUUCCCAUGGACUUUGUUAUUCUGGAUAUCGAUGAGGAUUCUAUGGUGCCUUUGAUACUCGGACGUCCAUUCUUGAAUACCUCCCGGACCAUUGUAGAUGUAGUCGCGGGCCAGAUUACGCUCCAAGUGAAUGACGAGCAUGUGACCUUUGACAUCAAGCAAUCAAAGCAACACCCAUAG